GAGCUAGAUUUGAAUCAUGAAAGAAUUGGGAAGAUUGAAAAUUUAGAAAAUUUAACACAAUUAGAAAGGCUAUGCCUGAGACAGAAUCUGAUAGAGAAGAUAGAGAAUUUGCACAAUGUCAGCUUGCAAGAGUUGGACCUUUAUGACAACGUCAUCACUAAAAUUGAAAACCUUGAAGAACUUGUCAAUUUAACCAUUCUCGACCUUUCGUUCAACCGAAUUUCUCGAAUAGAGAACCUCGAUGUCCUGACAAAUUUAAACAAACUAUUUCUCGUUCAGAAUAAAAUAAGCAAAAUCGAGAACCUUUCCAAACUAACAAAACUAACAAUGCUGGAACUGGGAUCAAACAGGAUUAGAAAAAUAGAGAACCUACAAAGUUUGGUCAAUUUGACUAGUUUGUACCUCGGUAAGAACAAAAUUGACAAGAUAGAGAAUUUGAAUGUCUUCAAAAAUCUUACAAUACUUAGUUUGCAGAGUAAUAGGAUUGUGAGGAUGGAGAACCUGGAGAAUCUGAUCAACCUGGACCAGCUCUACCUCAGUCACAAUGGCAUUGAGAAGAUUGAAGGCUUGGAAAAACUGACCAAAUUAACAAUACUGGAUGUAGCUGCCAACAGAAUCAAAAAGAUUGAGAAUGUCAAUCAUAUAUCUACGCUGGAAGAAUUCUGGUGCAAUGACAACCAAAUCUCAAAUUGGGACGACCUCCAUCAUCUAGUGCCCCUGAAGAAGCUGAACACGAUCUACCUGGAGAGAAACAUAAUAUGGAUGUCUUCUGACGACCCUGAAAAAAUCAAUCCCAUGUACAGGAAGAAGAUCAUGUUGGUCCUACCCUGGAUCAAGCAGAUUGAUGCUACGUUCUGCAGAUGA